GGCUUGAAAGCUGCUCUCAUUCUUAAUGUGGCAGUGAGGAACUGAGGACACCGCUUGGUACAUGUUUGCUGCCUGGGAUUCCCUGCAACAGCUCUUCCUGGGUCUCCCCAUUGUCCCUAAUCCUUUGGCUAUGAUGAGGAUGCCCAGUUUUCUUUGGAUAACUUUUGUCACUUUGCCGUUCGUCAUCCGGGCAGGCACAGCAGGUCCUUGGUGCUAUGACUCGCAAGACCUGAAAUGCGGUGAGUACUUGAAAUGCCCUUUUCACUGGAAGGACAUCACGGUCAGCUGUGGGGGAGAGAACCAGUCGCCCAUUAACAUCGACAGGAGGAAAACACGACGGGACAAGAGCCUUGACGAAAUCUCGUUCGAAGGUUACGACCAGGCCCCUCCCGGCAGGUGGAGGCUGUUGAACGACGGACACACAGUCAUAAUGAACCUGGACGGAGCCUCGACCGCAGAACAAAUCAACAUCACCAAAGGAGGACUCCAGGACAAGUACCGAGCCUUGCAGUUCCACUUCCACUGGGGGGACCUCAACCGAAACGGCUCUGAGCACACGAUCGACAGGCGCCAGUACCCCAUGGAGAUGCACCUUGUUCACAUGAACACCAAAUACAAAACAAUCAAUGAAGCCAAAGGGCAUCCAAACGGACUGGCUGUCUUGAGCUUCUUGUUUAAGGUAUCUGAUGCUGAUAACACCAAUUACAACACCAUCGUAGCAGGUCUGAAAAACAUCUCCCGUCCAGACGAAUAUGUUGAGUUGGCGUCCACGUUUUCUCUGAGUAACCUUCUCCCCAGCAUGGCCUCCCUCUCCAAGUAUUACCGCUAUAAGGGUUCUCUCACCACCCCAAGCUGUGAAGAAGUGGUGACGUGGACCGUGUUUGAAGAAGAAAUCCCAAUCAGCAAGCAGCAGCUGAAUGAGUUUGUGAACACCAUUUACUUCAAAAAUGUCGGAAUGACGACGCUGAAAAUGACCAACAACUUUCGUCCUCCUCAACCUCUUAACAGCCGGAACGUCUACGCAUCUCGAGAUGCCACCGUUAGCUACGGCUCUCCACUUUCUUCCAAUCUACUUUUUACUCUGCUUUGGGCGUUUGGGGCUGGCCAGUUCUCCGGCACCUCCUAGCUGUCUUGGUGAAUUGUCAAGGGCAAUCAUGUUAGAUUGGUACUUCACGGUGCCUUCAUUUCCACGCUUCUUCACUGUGAUCCUUUUCUAGCCGCUGUGUUGAAUGAUGCAUGACUUGAAAACAAAAUGGCAGGCGAGGGAGGAUCCAAAACCGGACUGCUGCAUUUUGUUGAUUUUGGAAAAGUAGCUUUCAUUCUCCUGAGAUG